ACUCCACACGGUGCAGGCUACUGGACUCCCAGUCUCCUCUGACUGACAGCUGCUGGUAUCAUCCUAUCUCUCUCUCUCUCUCUCGCUCUCUCUCUCUCUCUCUCUCACACACACACACACACACACACACACACACUUGACGGCUGCUGCUGCUCCUGGUUCACAGUCUGACUGCAGGACACACACACUCUCCCUCUGGUCUCACACUGUGUAUCCUCAGAGGCUCCCUGUCACAAUGGAUCCCUCCCUUAUCUCUAUGAUUUUUCAUUUUAUGAUGAAGCCUGCAGACAGACCCCGUAUACCUAGCUAGCAAUAGAUUUUAAUUUCCUCCCAUAAGCUCUUUGAGACGUGGACUAAGGGGUUAUUUAAUCCUCUUUCUGGUCAAAAUUUAAUUACAACCUCAUAGGUCGCCCAUUAAUUUGAAACCGGUUUAAUUAAAUUAAACUAUAAAUGAUGGAUACAACUACACUAGCAACCCUGGCUGCUGCCGCCACUGUGGCUGUGGCCACGCAGACGGACAUGUCAGGCUACCUGUGGCUCGUGGUGGUGGGCUUCAUCAUCGCCUUCAUCCUGGCUUUCUCCGUGGGGGCAAACGACGUGGCCAACUCCUUUGGUACGGCGGUGGGCUCUGGGGUGGUCACCCUGCGCCAGGCCUGCAUCCUGGCCAGUAUCUUUGAGACGGUGGGCUCAGUGCUGCUGGGGGCCAAAGUCAGCGAAACCAUCCGGAAUGGCAUCAUUGAUGUGCAGAUGUACAACGGCUCAGAGCAUGUCCUGAUGGCGGGAUCUAUAAGUGCAAUGUUUGGCUCUGCUGUGUGGCAGCUGGCUGCUUCGUUCCUGAAGCUCCCCAUUUCUGGAACCCACUGUAUUGUUGGAGCUACAAUUGGCUUCUCCAUGGUGGCCAGAGGUCACCAAGGGGUCAAAUGGAUGGAGUUACUGCGCAUUGUGUCGUCCUGGUUCCUGUCACCUGUGCUGUCAGGCAUCAUGUCGGGAAUUCUCUUCUACUUCAUUCGCAGAUUCAUUCUGAAUAAGGCCGACCCUGUACCAAACGGCCUCAGAGCUCUCCCCGUCUUCUACGCCAUCACCAUGGGCAUCAACCUGUUCUCCAUCAUGUUUACAGGAGCACCAAUGCUGGGUUUUGACAAAGUACCAUGGUGGGGCACACUGUGCAUUUCGCUGGGCUGUGCCUGUGUCACUGCUUUGUUCGUUUGGUUUGUCGUCUGUCCACGCCUCAAGAAGAAAAUCAAACGAGAAAUCGCUCCUGCUCCAUGUCAAACUCCUCUAAUGGAGAAGAACUCCUGCAAACCUGCACAAGCUGAGCAGCCGGCAAUCCCACGCGAGCCUCAACCCCAGGCCCCCCCACCAGACACUCAAACGGUGGCGUUCAAACUUGGAGGUUCGGAGGAGACUGAUCUGGACAACAACGACAUGGAAACCAAAGACCUGGAUCUCAGCGGUGGUCUGAACGGCAACGUUGGCCCCAUGAUGAUCACUGAUCCUCACAGCGGCCGCUCUCACACCAUCCACAAGGACUCGGGCCUGUACAAAGACCUGCUCCACAAGCUCCACGUGGCCAAAGUGGGUGACUGCAUCGGUGACAGUGACACGGAGGAGCGGCCCAUCAGGAGGAACAACAGCUACACCUCUUACACGAUGGCCAUUUACGGCAUCCAAGGAGAGCCUAAGCACAAGGACCUCGACGGUGGGCUUCAGAGAAGACCCAGGGUGGACAGCUACAGCAGCUACACCUCAGCAGUGACUUGCGGGAGCACAGUGCAGGAAGGGAAUGUGACCCAGGAGGCUGGCGUGGUCCCCGCUGAGGAGGAGGAUGAGCUGGAGGUGGACCAACCGGCUGUCUCGCUGCUUUUCCAGUUCCUGCAGAUCCUCACCGCGUGCUUUGGCUCCUUUGCUCACGGAGGGAAUGAUGUCAGCAAUGCAAUCGGCCCAUUGGUGGCUCUGUGGCUGCUGUAUGACAGCGGCUCUGUGGUGUCCAACACACCCACACCCAUCUGGCUGCUUCUGUAUGGAGGAGUGGGCAUCUGCGCCGGUCUGUGGGUGUGGGGCCGCAGGGUGAUCCAGACCAUGGGCAAAGACCUUACCCCUAUUACCCCCUCCAGUGGGUUCAGCAUCGAACUAUCUUCAGCGAUCACGGUCGUUGUGGCCUCCAACAUUGGUCUUCCUAUCAGCACAACGCAUUGCAAGGUGGGAUCUGUGGUGGCCGUGGGAUGGCUGCGCUCCAGGAAGUCCGUGGACUGGCGUCUGUUCAGGAACAUCUUCAUCGCCUGGUUUGUCACGGUUCCUAUCUCGGGCCUGAUCAGCGCUGCCAUCAUGGCUCUCUUCACAUAUGUUAUCCUGUGAGUUCUCUCCCUGUCACUUCAGCUGGCCGAGCCGUGCUCCUCCGAAGGACCGAUGAAACCCGCAUGAAUGAAGAGGUUCCAUCUGGUCUCUGUCAGAGAUGUAUAUUUUAGCAUUCAAGGCCAUUUCAAGGUCAAGCCAGUGAGAUUAUCUCAUGAAUGUUGCAGGAUAAAAUCCACUAUCCAAAGUCUUUCAUACUGUGUAUCCCUUUGUACAUUUGUAUAAAAACUAUAUGUAUUAAAAAUCAAACAAUUCAAAUGACAGUUAUGUUCUAUGUUUAUGUAUUUGGAUAUAAUAAAACAAGGCGCUGCUUGAUUUGAAGAGA